CUUUAAGUUCGCAUGAAAAGCUUGAAACCUCGAAAUGCAAUGUCCUAAAAUGUUCAAGAAUUUGAACAUUGAUUGAGUUUCGUCCGCUCAUCUUAGUUCGCGGGAAGUCGUUUGGUUGUUGACACGUAUGAUGAUAAGAGCAUUUAUUUUGGUCUGGUUGUUAACUAUCCACUUGUCCCUAAUAAAGGCAUGGUAUCUGCCGGGGAUAUCGCCGAUCAAUUAUUGCCCACCACAGUUGGAUAGUGGAAGUAGUUGCAAGAGUGAUAUUACUUUAUUCGUUAAUAAGUUGACUUCGAAAAAGUCGUUCAUCUCCUUCCGCUAUGACUCAUUUGACUUCUGCAGUUUAUCUUCAGAACCAUAUCCUGUUGAAAAUCUCGGACAGGUGGUCUUUGGAGAACGUCUGUUACCAUCCAGUUAUCGGAUUAUAUUUGGCAAAGAAGAGACAUGUAAAGUUCUCUGCUCGAAAACGUACUCACAGGAUAACUACAAGAAAUAUCUUUUCAUUACUAAGGCUAUUAUGAUGGGUUAUGAGCAUCAUUGGGUUAUGGACAACUUACCAGUUACAGUUUGUGUACUAGCUGUAGGUGGGAAAAAGUACUGCAAAACUUCUAUUCCACUUGGAUGCUUUGAAGGUAAUCAGGAUAAAUCAGAUUCUGUAUGCUUAGGAAUGCCUUUACCCAAACAAUCAACAAUCUUGUUAAACCAUGUCGAUCUGCACAUUGUCUAUCAUCCAGUCAAAGAUUCAUGGAGUAAUACAGGGAACGUUAAAGCUGGACGUAUUUUGUCAGUGAUUGCCAGCCCUAGUAGCAUUGCGCAUCCAAAAAAUGCACCGGAUUGUACAUCAAAACAACCAUUAUUACUGCCGUCUGAUUUGAAGGAUGAACUUAAAAUAACUUACACAUAUAGCGUAACAUUUGAAGAAGAUCUAACACGCAAAUGGUCAUCUCGUUGGGACUAUAUUUUAGACACAAUGCCUCAAAGUAAUAUUCAGUGGUUAUCUAUUUUGAAUUCAUGUGUACUAACAUUAUUCCUUUCCGGUCUUCUCGCAACCAUUAUGUUACGUACACUACGUCGUGAUAUUGCUCGUUACACAGAACUUGAAAGUGCUACUGCUGUUCAAGAGGAAUCUGGUUGGAAAUUGGUUCAUGGCGAUGUAUUUCGUCCGCCUAAUUGGUGCAUGCUUUUCUCAGUCUUAGUUGGUUCAGGAGUUCAAAUCUUUCAGAUGUUAUUGGUCACUUUAUUCUUUGCAUGUCUUGGAUUUUUGAGUGCAGCCAAUCGUGGUGCAUUGUUGACUUGUGCUUUGGCUUUAUUCGCUUGUUUAGGAGCUUCUGCAGGUUAUGCCUCAGCACGAAUCUACAAAUUUUUCGGCGGUUUACGUUGGAAAACUAAUGUGAUAUUAACUGCGACACUUUGUCCUGCUUUAGUCUUUUCUAUGUUUCUCAUUUUGGAUUUUGCACUUUGGAUUCUGGAUAGUGCAACUGCUACUCCAUUCGGCACCAUAGUAGCACUUUUAGCAUUAUGGCUUUGCGUCAGUCUACCAUUGUGUUUCCUUGGAGCAUUCUUCGGUUUCAGAAAACCAGUAUUUGAAACCCCAGUUCGUACGAAUCAAAUACCACGACAAAUACCUUAUCAAAGUUUAUACAGUAGACCAUUGAUGGCACUUUUCAUUGGUGGAUUAUUACCAUUCAGUUGUAUAUUCAUUCAAUUAUUCUUUAUAUUCAAUAGUAUAUGGGGAGCACAAUUUUAUUAUAUGUUCGGUUUUCUAUUCUUAGUUUUCAUUAUGCUAGUCAUUACAAUCUCUGAGACAUCUAUACUGAUGUGUUAUUUUCAAUUAUGUGGAGAGGAUUAUCGUUGGUGGUGGCGUUCAUUGUACACAGGAGCUGGAACAUCAUUCUAUUUACUUGUUUAUUCCAUUCAUUAUUUUGUGACACGUUUAGAAUUUCAAGAUGCAGUCUCAGCAUUCCUCUAUUUUGGUUAUACAGCCAUUAUCUUAUGGCUUAACUUUUUAUUCACCAGUUGUAUUGGUUUCUACGCCUGUUUCUGGUUUGUUCGAAAAAUCUACGGAGUUGUGAAAGUCGACUAAACGGAUAGAAAAUAGUAAUAGUAUGAAACAGCCAUUUUUUCAUUAGCAAAAAAGUGACAUUUUCUAUGUUUUCUGUAAUAAAUACAACAACAAGACAAAAAAUAAACAAAUAACACGUUACCAUCAUCUGCUGCCGGUUGGUGUUGUUGUUGGUGUUGUUGUUUGUAUUUGUUAUUGUUGGACUAAUACGUCUAUACAUUUUCGCACUUAUUUUUGUUUUGUUUGUGCCUGUUUUUGUAAAUUUCCAUUCUUGCACUGUAUGAUGUGAUGAUUAGUAGUAGUCGUAUACAUUAUUGAACAUGAUUAUUAUUAUUAUUAACUCUCCUUAUUCUAUGUGCAUAUGCUUUUUUUUGUUCAUUUUUAAGAAGCACCAGUAACAAACACAUCAAUGCAUAAACACUACUAGAUAGAUAGAAAGAUAAGUGUAGCGUGAUACACACUGUCUUCUUUUUCUUCUUCCCUAUCUUGUCAUUUGAUUCAAAACUAAAAACAAUACUAACUAAUCACUAUUCACUUUUAUUUUCGAAUUCUUUUUUUCCCUAUUCAUAUCAAUCGAGUUGAAAGUUUUGACAACUUGUACACCUGUGAUAUAAAUAAAUAUACACAUAUAUUAUAAUAUUUCUCAAAAAAAA